GAUCGACCGAGUACGCCCUUGGUGUUUGUGCUCUCUAUAGAAGCAACUCGCAACAUCUGCGAUCCGGCGCGCUGCCAAGUUCCUGGUUGAUCGCCGCAGCGCGUCAUGCCAAUGAACUUCGCGUCACCCUCGUGCAAACCCGCUUCGGCGCCCAGCCCCUCCUUCCAAUUGCCAGAGCCGACUUGCUUGGUUUUGUAGAACUCACACAUUUCCAGCACAAUCAACCGUCCAGUACCAGAACCAUGGCCGACAAUGCGGAGAAUGGCAGCCCCGGCCAGACCGAAGCGCCUGCGGCCGGAGCUGUUGAGCACCUGAAUAUCAAAGUCACCGAUAACAACAACGAGGUUUUCUUCAAAAUCAAGCGUAGCACAAAGUUGGAGAAGUUGAUGACGGCCUUCUGCGAGCGGCAGGGCAAGACGUUCGCGUCGGUGCGGUUCCUAUUCGAGGGCCAACGAGUUCAGCCCAGCGAUACCCCAGAUACGCUCGAGAUGCAAGACGGAGAUACCCUCGAGGUUCACCAAGAGCAGGUCGGCGGUUGGUAAAGCAAGGACACGGACUCCUACAUACGCGCGGUGGAUUUGUGGUGCUUGGGUUGGCCAUGGUAAUUGCCCUAUUAUCAUUUGACUGGGGUAAGGCAACGA